AUGUCAAUUCCCAACAAACCCGACGAUGCAAUCUUCCCAACCGACCUCGGCCCUGAAUUUGUCGCCUUCGACCAUGUUCAAUGGUAUGUCGGCAACGCCAAGCAAGCCGCCUCUUACUACAGCACACGCUUCAACUUCAGGUUAAUCGCCUACCGCGGACCAGAGACGGGCUCACCCUACUUAACUAGCUACGUCGUUGCCAACGGUGCCUCCGUGUUCAUUCUCACAAGUCCAGUUUGCGGGCCCUCACACCCAGAGAACAAAGUCCUACGAAGCGCCACAGCCGAAGACCGUGCGACAUUGACCGCGAUCCACGAACACUUGACCAUUCACGGGGACGGAAUCGCCGAUGUUGCAUUCCGAGUCACGGGGAAUAUCGAGGAGAUUUGGAAGCGGGCGAUUGAACAUGGGGCCUCGCGCAAGGCAGAGCCGCGAGUCGUCGUGGUCGAAGGACACGGUCAGAUCACAACAGCUACCAUCGGGACAUAUGGUGAAACAGUGCAUUCAUUAAUCAACCGUGACCAAUACUCUUCCUCAGCGCCAUUUCUCCCGGGUUAUCGGAGCAUAUCGGCUGACGAAGCGGACCCAAUCAAUAAAUUAUUACCUCCGGUGGAUUUUGUCGAGAUCGACCAUUGUGUUGGUAAUCAGCCAUGGGGAGGCGUGGACAAGGCCGUGCGGUACUAUGAAGAGUGUUUGAAUUUCCACCGGUACUGGACAGUCGACGACCAGGACAUGUGUAGUGAUUACUCGGCCAUGCGUUCGAUUGUGGUAGCCUCGUCGAAUGAGAUGAUCAAAAUGCCCAUGAACGAGCCAGCGCCCGGCAAGAAAAAGUCCCAGAUCGAAGAAUUCGUCGACUACUACCACGGUGCCGGAGUGCAACAUAUUGCAUUUCGCACAGAGGAUAUUGUCACAGCAGUGACGAAUCUCCAAAAACGCGGCGUUCAGUUUCUCAAUGUCCCGCCGGCGUACUAUACCGAUCUUCGACAGCGUCUUUCUCAUGUUCCUUGGUCUCUUGAGGCCGAUGUGGAUGUCUUGGAGAAACUGAAUAUCCUUGUUGACUUCGACGAGCGUAGAUAUUUACUCCAGAUCUUUGCGAAACAUGUUGGUGAUCGACCAACGGUGUUUUUGGAGGUGAUUCAGCGGAAGGGAUUUGAUGGGUUCGGGGCUGGCAAUUUCAAAAGUUUGUUUGAGGCGUUUGAGAGGGAGCAGGCUUUACGGGGGAACUGGUGA